CUGUGUGGCGACCUGCCGAUCUGUCAGCGGCUGGUCUAGUGUUGUUGUGUCUCGGUACAGAACAAAUGCAACCGUGAAUAUGAUUCAAAAUAAUGGAGAAAGAUGGAAAAAUCACAGACUGAGGUUUCUGAAUACACCUACAGAGAUUUGGACUGGACUUAAAAACGCCACAGCUUUUUAAUGCCACUGCAGAGGUCGGAAAUUUCUGGAUAUAACGCAGUGAAGUUACAGGAAUCUUUGUCCCGGACUGAAGAAAGACAAGCGGGCCUGAAAUCACACAGACGUCGGCAGAAGUUGAGCUACGGGCUGCUCUAGCUAAGUUAGCAUUUAGCUUGCUGUGAAACACCAAGUUGUUUUUAUCCACUGGGAAGUAAUCUUAUAAAGGGUAACACAGCACAGUACGUGGCUAUAUGCAGUGUGGUGUAACGUGUGUUUAAAGAAUAGCUGUUUUACGUGUCUUUGGUAACGUUAGCAGCAGUGAUAAUAGCUAAGCUAGCUGGCUAGCUCCCUGGCAGGGCUAGCUUGUUGUUCCCCAGCGAAGUUAGGCAGAAAGCUUCUCUUGAAUAGGAACAAAAAGAUAGACUAACACCAUCCAGCUUUGGUAUUUUUUUUUAUUGUUGUUUUUUUUGCAUACUAGAAAAUAUAUCUCAACAGAGAUAUCUGCUCAUAAAAUUUGCAAUUGCCACCCAGCUUAUUAUAAACAUCAUCAUCCAGACAUCAGAGGGAUAAUACACAGGGGGUCUCAUUGGUUACCCAUCCUUGUGUCAACGAGGGAAGUCUACAGUUGCUCAUCUUCAGCCUCCAUCGGGACUGGGCUCAGAUGUGAGACGUCAUGGGCAGCCAGGGAAGCCCAGUGAAAAGCUAUGACUACCUGCUCAAGUUCCUCCUGGUCGGAGACAGCGACGUGGGCAAAGGAGAGAUCCUGGACAGCCUGCAGGAUGGAUCAGCUGAGUCCCCAUAUGCUUACAGUAGCGGUAUCGACUAUAAAACCACCACCAUUCUUCUGGACGGGAGGAGAGUGAAGCUGGAGCUUUGGGACACCUCAGGACAGGGGAGGUUCUGCACCAUCUUUCGCUCUUAUUCCCGUGGGGCUCAGGGGAUCCUGCUGGUGUAUGACAUCACCAACCGGUGGUCGUUUGAUGGCAUCGACAGGUGGAUCAGAGAGAUUGACGAGCAUGCACCAGGCGUACCUCGAAUCCUUGUAGGCAACCGGCUACAUCUGGCCUUCAAACGGCAAGUUCCCACCGAGCAGGCGAGGGCGUACGCCGAGAAGAACGGCAUGACGUUCUUCGAGGUGAGCCCCCUGUGCAACUUCAACGUCAUUGAGUCCUUCACGGAGCUGUCACGCAUCGUCCUCAUGAGGCACGGCAUGGAGAAGUUCUGGAGGCCCAACAGAGUCUUCAGCCUCCAAGACCUCUGCUGCAGAGCCAUUGUGUCGUGCACGCCGGUCCACCUCAUCGACAAGCUCCCGCUGCCCGUCGCCAUCAAGUCCCACCUCAAAUCCUUCUCCAUGGCCAACGGCAUGAACGCCGUCAUGAUGCACGGACGCUCCUACUCGCUGGCCAACCCGGCCGGCGGCUCCAAAGGCAACAGCCUGAAGCGAUCCAAGUCCAUCCGUCCACCGCAGAGCCCUCCACAGAACUGCACCCGCAACAACUGUAAAAUCUCCUAAUCACCGGAGCAGUUGGUAAAAGACAAUGGAUGACUGGGAUCAGGAGACACGUGUACAGGAGGUUGUAAGUCUGAGGGUAUGAGCACAUCCCUGAACCUGAAGAGCUGAAGAGCAGAGAUGACGGAUAAAGGGAUGAAUGAGUACCUCCCUCCUUCAUGAGACCAUGUUAAAGGGUGUGAAGACCUUUCCAAGUGGUGGAGUUCAAAUGAUGCCUCAGGAUGUCAGAGAACGACAACAGACUUUCUGAUUCUCACUAUAUCCAGAGAAAAGACUCCAGAUUCACUCCUGUCCACUGGAGUGUCGACUAAAUGUACAAAAAAAAAUCCCUCACCAACUCAUAUUUAGUUACUCUACAUGAUGCACGCGUGUCUGUGCAUCACACACAUCACCUCAAGAUUAUUCUUCACUUUUAUGUCGCACAUUUAUUUCUUGCUUCUGUCUGUUUCUGUUCACUCUUCCGUUUAUUUGCUAUUUUAUUGACCAAUAAGCUAAUGAUCAAGAAACACUAGUAACCAGUCAGUCCUUUAUUGAUCAUUGUUUACCUGCAGCUGGCUGUAACAGCUGGAUUUGGAUUUGAACACUCAUGUGCUUUUUGCUAUUUGAUCUGUGACGCUUGCUGAAGUGAAAUCUUGGUGACAAGAUGAGUGAAGCUUCCCAUCCGGUCUUCAGGCAAACCUGCCCCCCCCCACCCACCCACCACACAACCUGAAUCAGGUCUCAGGUCCAGAAUUGUUAGUGUGCCUUGAGUCUAAGUCAAGUCGAUCUUUCCCUGCCAGAGGUUUUGGGUCUGUACAAACAAAAGAACCUGAAAUAAUCGAACAAUUAACAGGGUAAACAAAGUUUAGAUUUUAUUACGCUGUAGGUUUACAGCAAAGAGAUCCAGUGAUGCUUGUUGCUAUGGAUACCACUCACUGCAUUUUUUAAAAAGUGACCUAUUUAAUGUCUCUACGACUUUUAUGAACAUCAUUUUUAACAUGAUGUCAAUUGAAGAAUUUGUUUUUUUUUUUUUUUUUUUUUUUACAACAAAGUGAAACUAAAACUUGAACAAAAUAAACACAGUGAAGUAAAACAGUCAGUCAAAGCCCAUGAAAAGACCCAACCCAACACUCGUCUCCCCUCCUCUGUCUGUGGCUCUCAGCUCUGAGCCCCUGGUUCCUACUGAAGAAAAUAAAUCUUUAAAAAAAAAAAAAAAACCUCAAACAAUGUAAAAAUAGACACGUUCAUCUUUUUACAAUUUUCUUUUCUGCACAGCUUCAUUGCCCUUGUUAGGGAACUGUCGAUCUUUUCAUUUUGACUCAAGAGCUUCUGGGAGUUGUAGUCUGGAGGUGAGACAGAGUCUGGAUCCAGGCAGAUUCCUCUUUGUCUUUCUCCUUUCUCUUCCCCGUCUCUGUUCCUCCCGGUCGAGCAUUUACACACUCCUGCUCCUCAUGUUUCCAGAUGUCAUGCCCUACCUGUCAUGUCACGCCUCACCUGUCAUGUCACGCCUCACCUGUCCUGUCACGCCUGUUACGUGCAGCAAAAACACGUCCCUGCUUAUCUUGUGUUUGUCACCAAACAUGCACACACCAGCAUCAGUCCAAGCUGAUUUUAUAUGAACACAUGUACACAGGACACUCGGCUCCAUCCGCUCCCUCAUCACGACACUCCACCCAACAUGUAUGAUCUGAGUUUCCUACUGUGUGCUUCAGUGUUUGGAACAUACUGAACUUGAGCCAAAAUGAUUGAUUGAUAAAUUGAAUAGUCAGUCUAUUGAAAAAUAACUGUUAACAAUUGAUUCAUUUGAUGGAAAAUGCUGUUUGCAGCUUCUCCGACGUGAGGAUUUGGAGGAAGAUAUUUGAAAGCGUGUAAUCGUCCUUAACCAAUAGAUUAAUUAAUAGUUGCAGCCAUAAACUGAAUACACAGAUGGACAAUAGAGAAGUUUCUGUGGACGUGUUUAUUUGUUUCCGUUGUGACAGACAUGAAUUGAAUCCGAGCAUAGCUGCUGCUCUGCAAACUGAGUCUUUGAUACUAACAAAGUUUUUGGGUGGAAUCCCCCCCCGUCCCUCCCGUUUCUGCUGCGCACUGAUGUGUUUUCCAUACGUUCACUGCAGAGUUAGACACGGAGCGAGUGUGAACCCUGAGGGGGAGGAGGCGCAGAUAUCUGAGGCUGUCUGCUGUUUGGUGUUCAGUGGUGAUGAGCAGAGACCAGUCAGAGCAGCUGGACUGGAUGGUGUUGUGCAGAGACAGAGGUUUCAGGGAAACUGUAAUAUUCUGUGUUGAUAGUAAACACUGACCCGUGUUGAUCAGGCCUCUCACUCCUCUUCGUGACUUUUUUAACUAAAAGGGCCAAACUAGAGGUUUUAGCCCAUUAUCUGGAUUUUCUCUCGGAUCGCUCCAAAGCAGAUUUUCGGUAAUUGAUUUCCCUCCUUUCAGGCAGCCACUGGUUUCACUUUGUGUCAGUUCACUGUAGGAAUCAGCCUGUACAGAUUUAAACUGUGUUCGAUGUUGGUAAUCCAUGACAGUGAACAUCGGGUCCUUAUUGUUGUUUUUUCAGCAAUUUUAAAGAGAGUGGAAACAAUUACAAAUUGAUCAACAGAAAAUUUAUUGGCAACCGUUUUGCUAAUCAGUGGAAUUGUUGUAAUUUUUCAAGCUAAAUACUAAAAAAAAAGUUCAAUCUUGGUGAUCAUGAGGAUUUACAGUUUUUCUUCAUGAGGAGAGACAGCCGUGAACAUAGACAUCAUGUUUGCAGGUUGUCUGUCCGUCCAUUCGUUCAUUCGUCCAUUCGUCCAUCUGACCGUCCCAUUCUCGUGAACACGAUAUCUCAGGAACGUCUGGAGGGAAUUUCGUUACUGGAACAAACAUUUAUUUGGACUCAACAAUGAAAUGGUCAAAGGUCAAAGUUCACUGUGACCUCACAAAACACGUUUUUGACCAUAACUCACAAAUUCAUACACUUAUUACGACACAAUUUAACGCAAAUGUCUAACAGUAUAAAAUGAUGAAGUGAUGUCAUUUUGUAUCCAAAGGGUCAAAGGUCAACUUCACUGUGACAUCAUAAUGGUCUGCAAAAACAUAUGUGGUCAUUCAAUGCUAUAACUCAGGGAGGAGAAACUGUUGACUGGUUGUUGGAGACAAACAACCUCAAAGUGGUGAUUGUAGUUCAUCAAAUUUUUGGGGCAUUUUACACCUGUAUUACAGGUGACAGGAAACAAGGGGAGAGAGACACCACCAUGUUUCUGAUUUGUAGUAAAGAUAAUGUUAUUGUUAUUAUUGUUAACAAGUUCUAUAAUAAAGGCCAAAACCAGCGCAACAUUAAUGCAUCUCUCAAUACAUGGUGGUUUUUAAAAAAAAACCUACAAAUAUGUAGUUUCAUUUUAAAAAAAGACUCUCAGCUGCUCACUGUAAUUUCUAUCAAACAAACAGGAGGGAAUAUAUAAAGCAUUUGUUGGGGACUAUUUUCAGCAGUGUAUUAAUCUAUAUUUGCUCCUGUAGUGAGUGUUCGGGGCAGCUGGACACUGCGUGUCAAAAUAAACUACGAUACGUCAGGCUUUCGAUUCAUACUCAGCACGUAUUAGUCGGAGACAGUCAUUGCUGGUUUUGGUCUUUUCAGAAUAUCAGCAGACUCUUUCAGUGCGAGCACUCUCAUGAGAAAACAAUUGAAAGGCUUAAACAUGAUGAGCAGCCGUGUCCCCCCCCCCCUCAUGCUGUCACUACUCUCUGCGUCCAUGUCCAGAGAGAACAGCAGCAGAUCCUUGUAAAUAUGCUUCAACAGCACGGAAAUGCAUGUGCUGUGUUUUCUGCGGCUCUCUGGCCCGUCGCUCGCUCGGUUCUCGUGUGAACAGGUGAUCAGACCGAACCAACCGGUCGAGUCGUGUUGAAAUCAGAUCCAACGAACUCUUCCGAGUCGCUGCCUUUUAAACCGGGGCGCUGCUCGCGUCUGGAUCUCCCACGGGACUGAAUGCAGCAUGUCUUCCCCCUCUUUCCCUCUGAUCUGCUCCACCGCCUCCGCAUGCUGUCCCAUGAUUCAUAGCUGCUGAAUAAUACAUGCUCUUUUCAUAGAUCUCUGGAGGGCUUUAUCAGUACGCCCCGGCUCCGUCUCUCCUCGCUGCUCUUUCAUUUGCCCCAUAGGAAGCUGUGCUCCUAAGCAUCUGCUGUGUGUCCUGCUUCCCUCCUCCACAACAUUAAGACUUGGAUGACCAGCAGGUUUUCAGUUGUAACCUGUUCUUACACCACAUUUUGCUUUUCUUCAUUCAGGUUCAUUGAGCUCAGUGUUUGUGUUUGUGUUUGUGUUGGUGUGAGUGUUGGUGGACUCUCCGUGUGUCCUCCCUCUCUCUCUCUCUCUCCUCUCUCUCUCUCUCUCUCUCUGUCUCACCUUUGCCAUGAGACUUGAAGCUGUCUUGACUCAGACGGUGAAUCCUCCCCGCUUUAGGGGAGUGUUCCCCUGAUCCAGAGUCAGAUUACUGCAGCAUUAAAGAACAGCAUCAGUGUUUUACUUGCUUUAGCCUUUUUCCUAUAAAUCACUUUUUCUUCACAUCCAUGGUUCUCAUCUUUCUUUUAUUAUUUUAUAUUUUAACCCCCUUCACUGACAAGGCUCUAACAGAAGCUAAAACAUUAGCAUGUUGUUUGUUCCUGUCAGCCAUUUUGUUUUGUGGAGCUCCUUCCAGUCAACCACAGAUUUCCAUUUAAGCCAGUCUGUACUGGAAACUACACGACCACACAGAGAUAACACAGAGAUAACACACAGAAACACGAUGACAGCUGACAGUGAUAGAUGAUCUGAACCUGUGGUUCCAAACCUUUUCAGCUUGUGACAUAAUAUAAAGCUUCAAGUGGUAAAUGAAUCCAGUGUUUCACAAGAAAAAAAACCCACAAUCACAGAAAAGUUGUAUGCGGUUUAAAUAGAUAGAAACCAGUGACUGCCUGGAACAUAGAACGACACAUAGGACACACAUUUAUGUGACGCUGGUUUGGUUCUGUAAGGAGGGGUCAUGGCUCUGUGUGUCCCAGAGUUAAUGGAUAAUAAGACCAGACAUUUACAGGGUUGUGUGUUUGUUUCUUCACCACCAGUGUUUAAAGAGAGAAGGAGCGAUGCUAUAAAAUAAACGGAAAAGGAAUUUAACUCGAGCUUGUUGCCAAGAUUUUAGAAGAGGUUUCCCCGCUCUGUGACGGAGAAUGCAUUUAUUGUUGUUGCACAGAGCAUGUUAACCCUCACUGGGUGUGAUGGUAUUAUUUUGUGUUGUGUUAUGUGACAACACAAUCGUUUUCCUCCAGGUUUUGGUUCUACGUCUUCCUCUGUUUUUGUCAGUGUUUGUUGAUUGUGUUUCCAUUUGGAAUUUUUUCCACUGACUUCUUUUUUUUUUUUCUAAAUGAUGGAAAUGUUGAUGGGAAAUUGUGUCAGGACCCUUCAGGGAUACGCUCUGAUGUCGCCUGAUGUGGUCGUGUUUGUGUAAAGGAGCUGACGUAGAGAGAGAGAGAGAAAAAAAAAAAAAAACACCUGUAAAACACUAUUCUUGUUUUUGGCUAAAGCUGCUGAGUGAUCUGAAGCGAGUGUGUGCGAGUGUGUGUGAGAGAGAAACAAUUUCUUCAAACACCAAGCUGAACAUUUUUCUUUUUUUUUAAAUUAUUGAUUGUACAGUUUCAAGGCAAGGGUAUGAAGAGAAAGACUUUUUCACAAUAAAACUAUUGAAUGUUGGA